CUGUACUGCGCAUGGCACGUUGCGUACUUCCCUCCCAGCAACUGGCCGGGCGGCGGCGCGGCCAUAAACUAAAGAGGCGGAGCUGAGACUGGGUCGGGAUUGUUUGCUGACUCCAGGACCAGGUUUAAAUUUUUGAAAUUGAAGUAGGUCUACACAUUAGGAACUCAUGUCUUUUCUUGUAAGUAAACCAGAGCGAAUUAGGCGGUGGGUCUCGGAAAAGUUCAUUGUUGAGGGCUUAAGAGAUUUGGAACUAUUUGGAGAGCAGCCUCCGGGUGACACUCGGAGAAAAACCAAUGAGGCGAGCUCAGAGUCGAUAGCAUCCUUCUCUAAACAGGAGAUCAUGAGUAGCUUUCUGCCAGAGGGAGGGUGUUAUGAGCUACUCACCGUUAUAGGCAGAGGAUUUGAGGACCUGAUGACAGUGAAUCUGGCAAGGUACAAACCAACGGGAGAGUAUGUGACCGUACGAAGGAUUAACCUAGAAGCUUGUUCCAAUGAGAUGGUGAUGUUCUUGCAGGGGGAGCUUCAUGUCUCUAAACUCUUCAGUCAUCCCAAUAUCCUGCCAUAUCGAGCCACCUUUAUUGCAGACAAUGAGCUGUGGGUUGUCACAUCAUUCAUGGCCUAUGGUUCUGCAAAGGAUCUCAUCUGUACACACUUCAUGGAUGGCAUGAAUGAACUGGCGAUUGCUUACAUCCUGCAGGGGGUUCUCAAGGCCCUAGACUACAUCCACCACAUGGGAUAUGUACACAGGAGUGUCAAAGCCAGCCACAUUCUCAUCUCUGCGGAUGGGAAGGUCUACCUGUCUGGUUUACGCAGCAACCUCAGCAUGAUCAGCCAUGGGCAGCGGCAGCGUGUCGUGCACGAUUUUCCCAAGUACAGUAUCAAGGUUCUGCCUUGGCUCAGCCCGGAGGUCCUCCAGCAGAAUCUUCAGGGUUAUGAUGCCAAGUCUGACAUCUACAGUGUGGGGAUCACAGCUUGUGAACUGGCCAAUGGCCAUGUCCCCUUUAAGGAUAUGCCUGCCACCCAGAUGCUGCUGGAGAAACUGAACGGCACAGUGCCCUGCCUGUUGGACACCAGCACCAUCCCUGCUGAGGAGCUGACCAUGAGCACCUCACGCUCGGUGGCCAACUCUGGCCUGACUGAGAGCCUGGCCACCAGCACCCCCAGGACCUCCAAUGGCGACUCGCCAUCCCAUCCCUAUCACCGCACCUUUUCCCUCCACUUCCACCACUUUGUGGAGCAGUGCCUACAGCGCAACCCGGACGUCAGACCAAGUGCCAGCACCCUCCUGAACCAUUCUUUCUUCAAGCAGAUCAAGCGACGUGCCUCAGAGGCUUUGCCUGAGUUACUUCGUCCUGUCACCCCCAUCACCAAUUUUGAGGGCAGCCAGCCUCAGGAUCACAGCGGAAUCUUUGGCCUAGUAUCAAAUCUGGAAGAGCUGGAGGUGGACGACUGGGAGUUCUGAGCCUCUGAAGAAUGUGCACCUUCUUCAUCCCAGCACAUAUGAGACGUAUGAGCCUCUGGGGCCCUUCGUGAGGGCUGGCCACAUUCCCACCUUCUGGGUGCAGAUUGGGUAGAAAGGACAUUUCUGCCAGGAGAGUUGGCUGCUUACUGACUGGAAAAGAAAUUCUGGAGGGAAACUUUUCUUUACUGCUCCAACGCUUUUGAAAAGACACAAGGGAAUCCCAAUAACCAGGGAUCGGGAGGGGCCGGGAAGCUGACAUUCCCAGUCCUGAGAGCUUAGGCGACCUCUUCAGAAGGAAGAGAUGCUGUUCUGGCCCUGGGGGCUGAAGUCCAAGCCCAGGGUUUGACUCAUCGGCCCAGGGAACUGUGUGACUUCCUCUUCCCACUCUUGCUCUCCUACCAGCCUAAUGCCAUUCUUUCCCUCUGCUCUCAGAUCCUAUAGGUCUGUGGAGGGGCAAGCAAUAAGCAACCUGCCCCUCCUCCCCUCAGACCUCCCCCUAAUGAUUAAAGAGAAGGGUAUUUUUUCUUAAGCACUGGGUUAAGACUGGGGCAGGCCAUCCUGAUCCUUCUUAGCAGUUGGGCCCUGACACCUAAAACCUUCCCAUAGUUCAUCUGUGUAGCUCAUUCCUUUCCCACCAAGGAUCCAUCUUACCGCCUCCUGCCAGCUGCUCUGGUGCUUUCUCCAAGGGCCAUAAUGUCUUGCCUAGCCUGCAGGCUUAAGUCGUUAUGCCGUGUUAGUUUCAUUGCCAGAACAAAUUAAAAUUUUCAGAGA